AUGAAAUGUUAUGAGUGUAUCACUGUAGAUAAAGUUGAAAAAUUGGGCAAUACUUGUAAUUGUAGUAGUGGAUAUUAUUUUGAGAAGACCAAUUCGAAAUGUAUUCAAUGCCAUAAUAAAUGUGAAAAUUGUUAUUCAUCUUCAGAUGACUCUUGUCUUAGUUGCAGCAACUCAGAAAAUAGAAUAUUAGAUGGUCUACGUUGUUCCUGUUAAAUUGGGUACUUUGAACAGAAUGAUAUUUGUGUCACCUGUCCAGGCAUUGAAAAUUCAACUCUGUAUUAAUGUUAUAAAUAAUGUGGUGAUAAUUCUACAAUUUGGUUUAAUUAAGUUUGUUCCCCAAUUUCAUGUUUGGUUGGUUAUGCAAACUAAAAUAAUCAAUGUUUUCCUAUAUGUGGAGAUCAGAUUAUAAAUGGCAAUGAGGAAUGCGAUGAUGGCAAUAAUAUUUUAGAUGAUGGUUGUUACAAUUGCAGAUAUUAAUGUCCUUAAUAAUGCUUGAAUUGUAAUCAAUUUACAACACUACCUUGUCCACAUGUUUGUGGUGAUGGAAUCAUCAGUGGGUCAGAAGAAUGUGAUGAUGGUAAUCACAUUUAAUUUGAUGGUUGUUUUAAAUGCAAACUUGAAUGCUAAAUCUAAUGCACAUAAUGCAUGAGAGGUUUAUGCUAUUAAUGUCUAACAUAUGGUUGGAGUGUCGAUAUUAUUUCAAAAAUUUGUGUAGAAAAUUGUGGUGAUUAUAUUAUUAUUGGAAAAGAAUAAUGUGAUAAUGGAUACGAUUUUGACCCUAAUGAUGGAUGCUAUUUGUGUAAGAGAUAAUGUAGGGAUGACUGUUUAAGAUGUAGUUCUGAUGGUAUAACUUGUCUAGAAUGUAAGGUAAUUGGAUUUUAACCGGUUAGUUAUUACUGUAAAAAUAUAUGCGGUGAUGGCUACUUAGCAAUUGAUCCUUAUAAUAGAAAUACUGAGGAGUGUGAUGAUUAUAAUUUAGUUAAUUUCGAUGGUUGUAGCAAUGAAUGUAAGUUCUAAUGUUAAAUAACUAUUUGUAAGACCUGUAUAAAUAACAAAUGUCUCGAGUGCAUUGAUACUUAUUAUUUAGAUCAAAAACGUAACAAAUGCAUAGAACUCUGUAAUGAUAACAUUAUUAUUGGAUAAGAAAAAUGCGAAGACAUGAAUAAUUCACUCUAUGAUGGAUGUUAUAAUUGUUAAUUAUCUUGUUAACCAAGUUGCUUGAUUUGCACUAUAAAUGGUUGUUAAUCUUGUUUAAAUGGAUAUCGAUUAGUAGGUAAUCAAUGUUAAAACAUUUGCGGAGACGGAUUAAAAGUUCCAGGAGAAGAUUGCGAUGAUGCCAACUUAGAAUCGUUUGAUGGCUGCCAUGGAUGUAAAUACUCGUGUGACUUAACUUGUUUGACAUGUUAUUUAGGCUAAUGUAUAGGAUGCCGGUCUGGUUAUAUGAUGACUAAUGGGUUUUGUGAGAAAAGACCAUUCCUUUCUUCAAUAAAAUACUAUACUUUGAAGGAAAACAUAAAUUAUAUUACUUAAAAUCAACAUUCUAAAGGGAAGCCCAAUUAACGAUGGCUUGUUUAGUCUGCGAAGACAAUUUUUUAUUUAAAUACUAAUAACCAUUCUAUAUGUUAGAAGUAUGUGCGGGGAGAUUCUAAAAUUAAUGGAUAUGAAUAAUGCGAUUACGAGGAACCCAUAAAUAAUAUAAUUUGUAGCGAAUGCAAAUUUAUUUGUAAAGAAUAUUGUGUGUUUUGCUUAUUUGGAAUAUGUUUGUAAUGUGAAGAAGGGUAUUUUUUAUAAUUGGCGAUUAAUUAAUGCGAGAAAGUGGUAGAAUGUAAUGAGAUUGGGUUAUAUCCAGAUUUAAUGAACAAUGUUUGCUAUGAUGUAUGUGGAGAUGGUCUAAUAUCCAAGGGAGAAUAAUGUGAAGAUUAGAAUGAUGUUCCUAAUGAUGGAUGUUAUAAAUGUAAAUAUUCAUGUCAUCCUGCUUGUCCUCUAUGCAUUUUAGGAGAAUGUGUUGACGACGGGAAUACAUGUAAAGUUGGUUACUAUUUUGAUACUUAAUUAGUACUAUGUUACAACAUAUGUGGGGAUGGAAUAAUAGCCAUGCCUGAUGAAGAAUGUGAUAAUGAUUGGUUUUUAGAUGAUGAAGAUUAUCAAUGUUACAAUUGUAAAAAAUUUUGUAAUAAGAAUUGUGAAAUUUGUGAUGAAAUUCAAAAAUGUAGUCAAUGCAAGAAAAAUUAUGAAUUAUUAAAUGGAAAAUGCUAUUCUAACAACUUAAAUCUUAAUCAAUGUUUAGUAGAAAAUUGCAAAUAUUGUGAAGAUUCUUAAUGCAUGGUCUGCUCAACAAAUUAUGUGUUAAAUCCUUUUGAUAAUUUUUGCUAACCUAUUUGUGGCGAUGGAAUCAUUCUUGAAGGAGAACUUUGUGAUGAUGGUAAUAGUAUUAAUGGUGAUGGUUGUGAUACAAAUUGUAAACCAUCCUCAGAUAGUCUAUGUGUAAAUAGUUAAUGUAUCUAUGUUUCACACCCAAAGCCUUUAUUGAAAUUUGUAAAAGAAAUGGAUAACUCUUAAAUUGUUUAUCUAACUUAUGAUUAAUAAAUCAAAUUAUCAUUCAAUUAUUCUAUACAAAUGUUUAUCAAUUCCAUCUCAUCUAAAAUCAAUAAUAAAGUUGUGAAUGUAUCAUUUUCUGAAAUUGGUUCAAUAGAUUAAGAAUCUUGUAAAUACUUUCAAAUGGAAAUAAAAAUUUUGUAUGAGGAAAUAAUAAUUGAUCCUAUAUUUUCUAUAAGCUUUGCUGACCUUAAUAUAAUCACAAAUGAAUUUGGAAAGAUAUCAUACGAAGAUGAAAUCUCAAUAUAAUUACCAUCCCCAAAUGUUUUAUCUGAAAAAUAAUAACAAAUUACAUAAUCUCUUAUAAAGUUUAGUGGAUAUUAAAUUAAAAUAAUAGCAGGUCUUAUUUUGUUAUCAUCGUUAAGCGGAAAAUUUGAAAUUAUUCAAAAUCAAAUUGAUGUAAUAUAAUAACUUUACUAUUUAAAAUAUAUAAAUAGUAGAAAAGGUCAAAAUUUAAUUUAAUAUUUUGAAACUUUUAAGAUUAUUUAACUUACUAGUUUUUAUGAUUUUGUUGGAUUCAAUCCCUCAAAUAAUGCAUUUUUUGGAUUCUCAUAUUAAAAAUCAGAAGCGAGCUUUGAAGAAGAUGGGCGUAAUGCAAACUAUUUCCCUAAUUUCAUCUAGAUUUCUACAGUUUUUGUUUUAGCUUAUUUUCUUCAUUUAGCAAUUAAGAUACUAAUUAAAUACACCAUGAAUAAAAUCAAGAUGUUGAAAAUUCUGUAUUUCAAUUUAUACAUAUUAUAUGGAAUAAAAAAUGUGACAAAAUUUUCAAUAAAUAAUUGGAAAAAUAAGUUUAGUGAAUAGUUCUAAGGAUUGCUUUAAGCACUCCUUUAUGAAUACACUAUAUCCUCUUUCUUAUCACUAAUAUAUUAGGAUUUUAAUCAAGUGGAAGGAAAAUUUGGUCUAAUAGUUAAUGGAGUCGUCAUAUAUUUAUUAUUAUAUUAUUUAUUAUACUAGAAGCACUAAAACAAUAAAUUACAUGCUUAAUUUACUUACUCAAGUUUGUAAAAGAUGCUGUUUGGAACAAUUCUGAUUGUUUGCUUUAAGUCUACAAUACUGUAAAUUUAAUUAUGCGCUUUAAAUGAAUUCAUCUAUUUUUACCAUUUAUUUAAAUAAAAGCAAUAAUUUGACAAAUUUGGAUUAUUCAAAAAACAAUAGACUCAUUUUAAUAUAUUUAUCAUAAAUAUCAUGUUUUUGAUAAAUGAAUUAUACAAGGAUAACCCUUUUAAGAUUAUUUAAAUAGGAUGGAUUAUUAUUGCCUUAAUGAGUUCAAUAUUAAGCAUAACAUUGUUGGUUGAUAUUUGCAAAAUAUUAUCACCAUUUAUAUAAAAUCUAAUAAAUAAACUAAAAGCAUAGAAACCAAUUUUUUAAAAUCAUGAAAUUUUGGAUCCAAUUUAAGAAAGAAAUUUUAUGUGA